GUCUUUCCUGCCUUGGAAAUUCCUAACAUCUUUCACUACACUAUGUUAUAUUCGAGUUCCGGUAGUCGGCGCUGCCAGUCAUCAUGUCAAAGAUGAGGGAGCAUUGGUGUAGACGACUUCUUGUGAUAUUGUUCGCACUUGUUGUCGUGGUAACGCAGGUGACAUGGGGAAAAGAGAAUUUCAGAGCCAUCGAGAAACAAAUACUUGAUGAUAUUAUGGGAUCUGGACGAUAUGACAGCCGAAUCCGACCGCAUGGAAUCAACCACACAGCUGAUGGUCCAGCUGAGGUGAAGGUCAACAUCUACAUCAGAAGUAUCAGCAAAAUUGAUGACGUCGUCAUGGAAUACAGUGUCCAAAUGACCUUUCGCGAAAGUUGGUGGGACGAAAGGCUUAUGUUUAAUGACAUGGGUGGGCAGAUGGCCUAUCUAACUUUGACGGAUCCAGAUAAAAUUUGGAAACCUGAUUUGUUCUUUGCCAAUGAGAAAGAAGGACAUUUUCAUAAGAUUAUCAUGCCGAAUGUUCUACUUCGUAUCUACCCCAACGGAAAAGUUCUGUACAGCAUUAGAAUAUCUCUUGUUUUGUCCUGUCCAAUGAAUCUCAAGUACUACCCACUAGACAAGCAGACCUGUUCUAUCAUCAUGGCGAGUUAUGGCUACACCACAGAGGAUUUGAUGUUUGAGUGGAAAGAAGGAGAUCCAGUCCAAAUUACCAAAAACUUACAUCUUCCUCGAUUCACUCUAGAAAAGUACCUAACCGACUAUUGUACCAGCAAAACAAAUACAGGUGAAUACAGUUGUUUAAAGGUGGACUUGGUUUUCAAACGUGAAUUUAGCUACUACCUAAUCCAAAUCUACAUACCUUGUUGUAUGCUGGUCAUUGUGUCUUGGGUUUCUUUCUGGUUGGAUCAAAACGCAAUUCCAGCCCGUGUGUCUCUUGGAGUCACCACUCUGCUAACGAUGGCGACACAGACUUCCGGCAUCAAUGCGUCACUCCCCCCUGUCUCCUAUACUAAGGCCAUCGAUGUUUGGACCGGAGUGUGUCUCACCUUUGUAUUCGGGGCCUUGCUGGAGUUUGCCCUGGUAAACUAUGCUUCCAGAAGCCAACUUCGACAAGCCCCCAAAAAGCAGCGAAAGUGGGACAUCGAGCAUUCUGGACUCGAUCCCGACCAUUUGGAAGAUGGCGCUACAACUUUUGCCAUGAAGCCGUUGGUACAUCAUCACGAUAACAUUCACAAUGACAAAUUUCGACAGUGCGAAGUUCAUAUGCAGCCACCUAAAAGUAUCAACCCUUUCAAAGCCUGGCUUAAUAAGUUCCCGACUCGAUCUAAGAGAAUUGACGUCAUGUCCCGAAUCUUGUUUCCACUUAUGUUUGCGCUCUUCAACCUGGUGUACUGGACAACCUACCUCCUUCGGCAUGAAGAAAUGUAAACUUCUGAGAACACCAAUGAAUCUUUUUAGGCGCUGGUUUUAAGUUUAAAAAAAGACACCAAUACAGCCGUCGAAAAGAUGCUGAAGUGACAUUCUAUUUUGGUUUGAGUUUAGGGACUUCCAAAUACUUUAUUGGAGGUAUAACUGUGUUUUUACCAUAUAUAAAUGCACCUGUUCUUGGUGUUUGUGCUUCUACAUUCCAAAUUUGUUGGAAAUUCCAAAUUCCAUGCGAAUGUAUUCGACGUAAUGUUAUAAAUAUAAUGAAUUCUUCCCAGAUAUCAGAUUUUACAAGUCAUAUAAUGUUUCAACGCUUUACAUGAAAACACACAAGGGAAAUCUUACCCUAUUUCAAGUGUUUUGAGUGUGUGUACUUGCGUAAGUGGUGCCAACGCUAAAGUGGUAACGAACGGAUGUUUCUCUGGGCACUUUGUUGUCGUUACACAGAUUUUUGCUCAGUAGUGAGUCAAAUUGGAAC